UGUUUCGUAGCCCAAAGAAUUCCGCUAUGCACUAGCGCCCUCGUCCUCGUGAUGAACUUCUUCAACACCAAUUCACCAGUGGUUGUGAUCGGUUGUAAUGUAUAUUGUUGUCGGAAGUUGAGACGUGAUUACAAUAAAAGUCACGAUGACGCCUCCAGUGGCUAAAAGAUACCAUGGAAAGGCACCAAUGGGUAAAAGAAAGAACGAGCACUCUGAAAAGGUGCCGGUUAACAAGACCGUAUUAGCGAAGCAUUCCAGGGGUCCUGGACUUGACUUGACACGAAAGACGAGUGCGAUAAAGAGCAAAGUGCUGCGAAAGAAACUGAAGCAGAAAGAGCAGGCCAUAACGGAGCAGGUAGAGGCUUCUGCUCGGGCGGAACUGCUGUUGACGGAGGAACAUGGCUACAUGGAAGCGGAAUUGGGAGAAGUCACUACCGAGUAUCGACAGAGGCAAAUAACAGAGAACGUGGACAUAACGAGCGCGGCGAAGCGUUUCAAGCUGGACCUGCAGUUCGGCCCGUACUGCUUUAGGUAUACCAGAAAUGGCAGACACCUGCUCUUGGGUGGAAACCAAGGUCACGUGGCAGCUUUCGACUGGGUGACAAAGAAGCUGGCAUGCGAGAUAAACGUGAUGGAGUCCGUGCACGAUGUCACGUGGCUGCAUCUGGAGACUAUGUUUGCGGUGGCGCAGAAGGAUUGGGUUUACGUGUACGACAAUCAGGGAAUAGAGUUGCAUUGCCUGAAAAGGAUGAACGGCGUGACGAGAUUGGAAUUUUUGCCGUAUCACUUUUUGCUUGCCAGCGGAUCGAAGGACGGUCACAUGGCUUGGUUGGAUGUGUCCAUUGGCAAGAUGGUCUCGCGUUACAACUCCAAUUUGGGUAGAAUAUCCGUGAUGACGCAGAAUCCGAGUAACGCAUUGCUAUGCGUGGGCGACUCGAAAGGCGUAGUGUCUAUGUGGUCUCCAAACUCUUACAAACCAUUGGCGAAAAUGCUCUGCCAUCAUCAGUCAAUUAUGACGUGCGCUAUUCAUCCAAGUGGGACGUACAUGGCAACCAGUUCUAUAGAUAAAUCGGUGAAAAUAUGGGAUAUUAGGCAGUUACAGGGGCCGGUGAGCCACUUACACCUUCGUUCGCCCGCUCAUCGUAUGUCGUACAGUCAGCGUGGUUUGCUUGCACUCGGAAUGGGCAACGUAGUUGAAGUUUAUAGGGAAACUUCUGGCGAUUUCAAGCCAUAUUUGCGACAUAGAACUGCUCGCAAUGUGAACUGCGUGAAAUUCUGCCCGUACGAAGACUUCCUGGGGAUUUCUACGGCGAACGAAUUUUCGUCGCUGCUGGUGCCGGGAAGUGCGGAAGCGAACUACGACGCGUACGAGGCUAAUCCGUUCCUAACUAAGAGUCAGAGACGAGAGACAGAAGUGAAGGCACUUUUGGAAAAGAUACAACCGGAAUUGAUUACGCUCGACUCGACCGAGAUACUCGAAGUUGAUGUGCCUACGUACAAGGAGACAGUAGAAGCGAAGAAGAAGCAUUUGUAUAUUAAACCGAAGCCAAUCAACUUUGAGCCUCGACGGACGAAAAGUAAAGGGAAAGGUGGCACCGCGAAAAUAAUAAAGACUAAAAAGAUACUGAAAGAUCUAAGUCGUCGGGAAAUGAUUCAAACGCUUCGUGAAGAACAGAAGGCAACACCAUCGAAAAAGACUGAGAUUCGGAAUAAAGAUUAUGGCGUAUUGAAUAGAUUUGCUUAAAAAGAAUAGUAGAAUACUUGUGAGUUGUAUGAAGUUAUUGUACAUAUUAUAUAUUGAUACAUGACACGUAUGAAUAUUUUAAUAAAAAUUGCAACGAAUACUAA